UAUAAGGUUUAAUUUUGAACUAUUAGACUAAAUUCAAAUCCUCUCCAUGUAAAUAACUAAUUUAGAGUAGAAAGUACUUGUCAAAAGUAGGAAAAUACUUAAGUCCUCACGUUAAGAUCUAUCUCUAUGUUGGCACUUCUUCCGGAGCUAGCGAGCCUCGGAGGGGYGGACACUACUAACCAAACCACCACUGUUAAAAAACUGACAAGUUUUUACAUUUCUCUCUUAAUUGUCAAAUAUUUAACCAAAUAGGUUAUCUAUUUUGCCCAAAAAGAUAUUAGGUAAAAAGUAUGAGUUAAGUUAUCACCACACUACCAAAAUUAUUUGCACUAAGACCAAAAUUUACUGACUCUCCUAACAACAACAGCUCCCCCUUUUUCCCAUUAUAUAUAUUCAAAACCUUCAAUCCUCUGUUUCCAUCUGGAAAUCCCUGUGUAGUGUGUAGCCCUCUCUACUCUAACGCACACCACUUCACUUGUUGAAUCAAUUACCUUCAAUGGCGAGCUUCCAUGCCGGAGUUGUUUGCCUUCUGGUUCUUGGCUUCUCCAUGGUGGAGCCGAAUGCGGCCACGGUUUACACCGUCGGAGACACUUCCGGUUGGGGCCUCGGCGUUGAUUAUAGCACAUGGACUUCCGGGAAGACCUUCCUUGUUGGCGAUAAACUUGCGUUCAGCUAUGCCGGAGGGCACACGGUGGACGAAGUAACUGCCAGUGAUUACAAAGCCUGCACCGCCGGAAACUCCAUAACUUCAGAUAGUUCAGGCUCCACCACCAUCACCUUAAAGACCGCCGGAACUCACUACUUCAUUUGCAGCGCCAUGGGGCACUGCGAUGGCGGCAUGAAGCUCUCUGUCACAGUCGCCGCCGGAGGAUCUCCCACUUCUCCAUCUUCAGGGGGAGGCAGCUCCUCCACCCCGGCGUCGCCGGCAAGUGACACGCCUUCAGCCACCGGGACCACACCGGCGGCGACCACGCCGACGACAAAGCUUCCUGCUGGUUCGCCGAAUUCAGCGCUGUCUCUUCUCCCCAAAUUCUACGUCGCCGUUGUGGYGAUUUUGGUGGGUUCAUGGGCGUUGGCUAUGCAUUAUUGAGGAUUUGAAUUCGGUAAAGGCAURUAGAUAUAUAGAUAUUAUGUGGUGGCCGGCGCUGGUUUUGGCCGGGAUAGAGGCAGUGCGAUUUCGCUUUCUCAUUUGUUUUAUAUAUGAUUGGUCGCUUCGGUUGGUCUAUUUUUCACAUCGUUUCGUUGUUAGAAUUUUUAAUUUAAUUUUGUCUCUUUUUCCCUCAAAAUUCAACAAUUUCCUUUCA